GACAUCAAGUGAGAGUGACAGGGAGAGAGGCAGCGUGGGUGACAGACAGAAAAUGACAGAGAAAGAGUGACAAGAGAAAAUGAGAGACAGAAAAAAAGUGACAGAUAGAAUGUGAAAGUAUGAAAAGAGUGACAGAGAGCGAGAAAAGUGACAAAGAGGGAGAGACAGACACACAAACAGGGACACAGAAAGAAAGAGACACACAGAAAAGUACACUGUGUGUCUGUCAUUCUGUGUCUCUGUCUCAGAGAAAAUCACAUACAUAAGGAGACAGACACAGAGACAUUUACACACAGGGAAAUAGAGAAUAAUGCCCAUUCAUACCAGUAACACAGAAUACUGUAACUAUUCCCCAUCAGUCAUACACAGAACAGCCAUUAACCCCUUCCUUUCCAUAAUCCCCUUGGUGUCAUAGUGUAGUAACACCAGCACAUAAAGAAGGUAGUUAAGAUAUAUAUAUUGACUAACUCCUGUUCUUAUGAAUUAAUGUCCAUUUUAAAUGCAAGCUUCAUAUAUACAGCUUAACAAUUGUAGCUGAAUUUCACUAAUUAUGUACUGACUGAUACCCCCACAAACAUAAACAAGACAACAAGUUCAGGUUUACUUAUCUUAGUGGUUUCCCAUUGCUCAUCUGCAGUCCCAGAUAGCAGCUUCUCUCCUAGAAAAUAAAGAAUAAAAACAAAUGUUGGGCCCCAUGUGUAAUAUUUUCCCACAACCAGUUCUUCCUGUUUCUAGCACAAAUCCUAGGCACAGAUGAGGUUCCCAUUAUUCAGAGUUGGAAAAAAAGACAAUCUACAAAUCUCUGGCUGGCUGUUUUAAAGCAGCCUAUAAUCAGGAUCCCAGCUUCUUCCUUCAUGAAAACCGACGUUCUUCUCACUCCUUUUUCACAUUAGUGCUUCUUCCAUGUCCAGCAUAAGCCCAGAUAACAACUCCUGACGAAACACAGACAGCAGCAGAAGGAAAACAAGAAAUGUCCUCGAUUUGAGUCUCCCGCACUUCUCUGCUUCCUCACUCAGCUCUCUGUACCAUGUGAUCACUGCAGUCACGUGACUGCUGUGAUGUCAGAGUGUCCUUUAGAGGGAUAGAAUCUAGCCGCUACCGUGGAGAUAUUGACUACUCAGCUACUUGUUUAUGUAUAGUGAGGCUCCUGUUACUGUGAAGAUCACAUACAAUACAGAUCACUGCGUUUGCCAGUAAAGCAGAAACAUUAUAAUUAUAUCUGACAAAUUCAGUUGCUGAACAAGACAAUGUCUGACAAGACCGAGAACCAAACCUCAGAGCUUCCUGAUACACACGGAGGCCGUACUGAUGUGACAUCUACAGAUGGCUCAGCGGUUGAACACAGAGGAGAGCCGUAUGUACAUGAUCAGGUGAAGACUGAGGAGGAUGAAGUAGCUAUAAAUACAGCUACAGGCCGUACUGAUGUGACGCCUACAGAUGGUUCAGCAGUUGAGCACGGAGGAGAACCGAAUGUGUGUGAUCAGGUGAAGACUGAGGAGGAUAAAGUUCCUAUAAAUACGGCUACAGAUGAAGAUAACGCUGAUAUAGUGAAAGUUGAGAUAACAGAAGAUCUGUGUGUGAGGCGUCAGGUGGAAGCUCCAGAUUAUGAAACCAGUGACCGUAUCAGCCCAGAUGAAGAUAACGCUGAUAUAGUGAAAGUUGAGAUAACAGAAGAUCUGUGUGUGAGGCGUCAGGUGAAAGCUCCAGAUUAUGAAAUCAGUGACCGUAUCAGCUCAGAUGAAGAUAACGCUGAUAUAGUGAAAGUUGAGAUAACAGAAGAUCUGUGUGUGAGGCGUCAGGUGAAAGCUCCAGAUUAUGAAACCAGUGACCGUAUCAGCUCAGGUGAGUGUGCACUUGUGUUGUGUCUGAAGGAUGCAGAUUACAGGUGAGUGUGCAUGUAUGUUGUGUCAGAGGGAUGAAGGUUACAGAUAAGUGUGCAUGUAUGUUGUGUCAGAGGGUUGAAGGUUACAGGUGAGCGUGCAUGUAUGUUGUGUUAGAGGGAUGAAGGUUACAGGUGAGUGUGCAUGUAUGUUGUGUCAGAGGGAUGAAGGUUACAGGUGAGUGUGCAUGUAUGUUGUGUCAGAGGGAUGAAGGUUACAGGUGAGUGUGCAUGUAUGUUGUGUCAGAGGGAUGAAGGUUACAGGUGAGUGUGCAUGUAUGUUGUGUCAGAGGAAUGAAGGUUACAGGUGAGUGUGCAUGUAUGUUGUGUCAGAGGAAUGAAGGUUAAAGGUGAGUGUGCAUGUAUGUUGUGUCAGAGGAAUGAAGGUUAAAGGUGAGUGUGCAUGUAUGUUGUGUCAGAGGAAUGAAGGUUAAAGGUGAGUGUGCAUGUAUGUUGUGUCAGAGGGAUGAAGGUUACAGGUGAGUGUGCAUGUAUGUUGUGUCAGAGGGAUGAAGGUUACAGGUGAGUGUGCAUGUAUGUUGUGUCAGAGGGAUGAAGGUUACAGGUGAGUGUGCAUGUAUGUUGUGUCAGAGGGAUGAAGAUUACAGGUGAGUGCAUUUGUGGUGUGUCUGAGGGAUGAAGAUUACAUGUAAGUGUGCAUUUGUGUUGUGUCAGAGGGAUGAAGAUUACAGGUGAGUGCAUUUGUGGUGUGUCUGAGGGAUGAAGAUUACAGGUGAGUGUGCAUGUAUGUUGUGUCAGAGGGAUGAAGGUUACAGGUGAGUAUGCAUGUAUGUUGUGUCAGAGGGAUGAAGGUUACAGGUGAGUGUGCAUGUAUGUUGUGUCAGAGGGAUGAAGGUUACAGGUGAGUAUGCAUGUAUGUUGUGUCAGAGGGAUGAAGAUUACAGGUGAGUGUGCAUGUAUGUUGUGUCUGAGGGAUGAAGAUUACAUGUAAGUGUGCAUUUGUGUUGUGUCAGAGGGAUGAAGAUUACAGAUGAAUGCAUUUGUGGUGUGUCUGAGGGAUGAAGGUUACAGGUGAGUGUGCAUGUAUGUUGUGUCAGAGGGAUGAAGGUUACAGGUGAGUGUGCAUGUAUGUUGUGUCAGAGGGAUGAAGGUUACAGGUGAGUGUGCAUGUAUGUUGUGUCAGAGGGAUGAAGGUUACAGGUAAGUGUGCAUGUAUGUUGUGUCAGAGGAAUGAAGGUUACAGGCGAGUGUGCAUGUAUGUUGUGUCAGAGGGAUGAAGGUUACAGGUGAGUGUGCAUGUAUGUUGUGUCAGAGGGAUGAAGGUUACAGGUGAGUGUGCAUGUAUGUUGUGUCAGAGGGAUGAAGGUUACAGGUAAGUGUAUGUAUGUUGUGUCAGAGGGAUGAAGGUUACAGAUAAGUGUGCAUGUAUGUUGUGUCAGAGGGAUGAAGGUUACAGAUAAGUGUGCAUGUAUGUUGUGUCAGAGGGAUGAAGGUUACAGGUGAGUGUGCAUUUGUGGUGUGUCUGAGGGAUGAAGGUUACAGGUAAGUGUGCAUGUAUGUUGUGUCAGAGGAAUGAAGGUUACAGGUGAGUGUGCAUGUAUGUUGUGUCAGAGGAAUGAAGGUUACAGGUGAGUGUGCAUGUAUGUUGUGUCAGAGGAAUGAAGGUUACAGGUGAGUGUGCAUGUAUGUUGUGUCAGAGGGAUGAAGGUUACAGGUGAGUGUGCAUGUAUGUUGUGUCAGAAGGAUGAAGGUUACAGGUGAGUGCAUGUAUGUUGUGUCAGAGGGAUGCAGAUUACAGGUGAGUGUGCAUGUAUGUUGUGUCAGAGGGAUGAAGGUUACAGGUGAGUGUGCAUGUUUGUUGUGUCAGAGGGAUGAAGA